ACAAGCCUCCAGAACAUCUCACAUCUUCUGAGGAGCCUUUAUUUCUUCAGCUCUCAAUCAGCACUGGAUUCACUCAGGAGAAAACAGUUCUCCCGUUGAUCCAGUGGCUCGUCUGACUGAAGCAUCAUGACUCUGGCUCCUAAAGAGCUGUCUAAUCUGCUGGGCAUCAUGUCGGAUGACGCCUGCAGCAACAGCUUCGAGCAGCUCUCCACAGCCUUCCACCACUGCUUCGGGAAAGCCGAGCACUUCCGCGUGGGUUCGGUUCUGGUGAUGCUUCUGCAGCAGCCCGACCUGCUUCCCAGCGCUCCUCAGCGGCUGACCGCUCUCUAUCUGCUGUGGGAGAUGUACCGCACCGAGCCGCUGGCCGCUAACCCCUUCGCCGCGGUGUUUGCGCACCUGCUGAACCCGUCGACCGCGGCAGAGGAGCAGGAGACGCUCUCAGGUUUCCUGCCCCCCAUCACGCUGCCGGAGAAGUACUUCCUGUCUCAGCUGAUGCUCGCUCCGCCGCGAGAGCUCUUCAAGAAGACGCCGAGACAAGUGUCCAGCAUGGACAUGAGCUCCACACCGCAGACCAUAGACAUCAGCGGACUGCAGCUGGCGCUCGCCGAGCGUCAGUCGGAGCUGCCCACUCAGAGCAAGGCCAGUUUUCCCAGCCUGCUCAGCGACCCCGACCCAGACUCCUCUAACUCGGGCUUCGACAGCUCCGUGGCCAAUCAGAUCACAGAGUCUCUGGUGACCGGCCCGCGGCCUGCUCUGGAGAGCCACUUCCGGCCCGAGUUCAUCCGGCCCGCUCCGCCGCUGCUGGUGUGUGAGGACGAGCUGUCGUGGCUCGACCCGUGUGAGCCGGAUCACCGGAUACAGUGGGACCGGUCCAUGUGUGUGCGCAGCGGCACGGGAGUGGAGAUCAAGCGCAUCAUGGCCAAAGCCUUCAAGAGUCCGCUAUCAGCGGCGCAGCAGACGCAGCUGCUUGGUGAACUGGAGAAGGACCCAAAGCUGGUUUAUCAUACCGGUCUGACUCCAGCCAAACUACCGGACCUGGUUGAGAACAACCCACUGGUGGCCAUCGAGAUGCUCCUGAAGCUGAUGUCCUCCAGC